AAAUUUAAACUUAACGCAAACCCAAGCCGUCUUGCCCGGUGAACAGUGAGCUGAUUCGGAAGGAGGAAAGUACUUUUUUGUUGUUUCUUCUUUCAGUGCAUGAGGGCGUGAAAAACAAAACACUUUGGUGACAGUAUUUGCACUGGAUACGGAGAUUGGUUUUUUUUUUGUUUUUUAUUUUUUUCCUGAAUUAGACCCGUCGUGGCUGAUCCUACCUUCUGCCUUUCCACUUGGAGCGUCAGUAUUCCUGCUGCACACAUCUGGCUUUUGUUCUCUUUUCAGGCAGGAUUUUCAUUCUGUUGCUUUUUGGAUAUCAAAGUUGUCUGGAAAACAUUUUUUUUUUUAUUAUUAUUAUUGCUGUAACAGGAAGGCUGAUACCAUUCUUAGCACUCACAAAAAAAAAUAAUCCUAUAUGUAUAAAGCUGUCUUCAAAUAUCUUUUGUUUGCUAUAAGUUCCUGCAUUGCCUGUAUAAGCAAAUCUGCUCCGAGAAGACUUUUAUCAGCCGGGCGCAGCGCUGGGAUUUUCGUUUUCCUGUUGAGAAGCUCGGGCAGGCUGGUGUGCUGAGCCACGGGGACUCCUCUGAGCACAGAUGUGAGAGGUCUGGGGCUGUGCUCAGCCCAGGGUUCAUGGUGGGCUCUGCUCCUCUGCUCCCGGCUGUUUGGACAAAAUGUACGAGCGCCACAAGAGGCGAUACAGCCUGUGCGACAUUUCCAAGGUGGACAGGACUGUAGAUGUUGUGUUGUUAAAGAUAAACCGCGAGAGCUGGUGUCCGCUGGAGCCAUGUCCCGACCCCUCCCUGCUGGAGCGCAAGCGAACUCGGGAGUCUGCAGAAUGUGAGAACUUCUUGGAGGAUGGGCUGAGCAGCGUCUGUGCCUCGUCACAGGGUGGUCUUAAACGAGAGUCUGGGAGUGAGUCUGACCUCUUCCCCAUGCCUGGCGAUGGGAUGGAAGACCUUGUCUUUGGGAAGCCUGAAGAGGAGCAGUCUGCGUGCGAUGUCACCAGCUCCAGCUCCUCUGCAGAUGACACCAUGUCCCUGGAGAGGAACUCAUCCCUGGGCAGCGACACAUCCCUCCCCUUCCCACCCAUGGGGAGCUUUGCCCAGCCCAAGGACAGGCACAGCCUGGAUGGCAGCUGCACCAACAUGGUGUCCUCAGAGGGAGGAGAGAAGGAAGAGGAGCUGGACAGCAUCACGGACGUGCCCGCGCCUUCCUCCGUCCUGCGCAGCUCCAUGCGGCCGCUGUCCCCUUUCCGCCGGCACAGCUGGGGGCCGGGGAAGAAUGCCACGAACGAGGCAGAAAUCAAUCAGAGGAGUUACAGCCUGGAAGGCCUUGCUGGAGACUCUGGUGAAAACAAGAAGCCUUCUACAAACCUGGAGGCUUCUUCUCUGAACUCCAAAGACCUCAGGAGGAGUCCACUUGCCAGCAAUCAGUCCCUGGUCCUGCUCACUGAGGAGCUUGAGCAAGGAGAAAUCAGAGACUACAACCACCAGGUGCAUCAAACAUCACAGCCACAAGGAUUUAACUUCUGUUCUUCUGCUGUUUCAUCUCCACUGACCAAAUCCAUGUCUCUAAUGUCAAUUAGCAAGCCAGUGCUCGACACCCAGGGCCGGACUCGACCAUCGAGACGAAUCUCCUUCUCCUUCAGCAUCUCUCCACUCAUUCCUAAGUCUAAAACUCUCUUUUCUAUUGGCUCUUCUUCCAGUGAUGAGGAGGAGGAGUUGGAUAGUAAGUGUGCGCAGUCGUUGGGCGGCUCCAUGGGCUCCUCAGUGCAGAGCAUAUCUGAAGAGAGCAGCAGUGUCCCCGCUGGUAAAGGUGUAACAAAAGUCAGCCGCACCUUCAGCUACCUCAGGAAUAAAAUGUCCAGCAGCAAGAAGAGCAAAGAAAAAGAGAAAGAUAAAGAGAAGACUAAAGAGAAGGACAAAGAUUCCAAGGAGAAGGAAAAAGAUAAGAAGCUGUUGAAUGGACAUCUCUUCACUGCAACCUCUGUUGUAGCCCAAGCAACCUGCUACCACUGUAUGAAGCCUUUCAAUAAGGAUUCGUACUACUGUGCAAACUGUAAUGCAAUAGUUCACAAAGGCUGUAAGGAGAAUUUUGCUUCUUGUGCAAAGGUCAAAAUGAAGCCACAGAGAGGGAUGCUGCAGGCACAUGAUACCUCUUCAUUACCCACAGUAACCAUGAGAAACAAAAGCUCGCAGCCGAAGGAGCGCCCGCGCUCCGCCAUCCUCGCUCCCGAUGAGAGCACCGUCACCUCCACCUUCAACAACAGGAGAUCACAGCAGCCCACUGCACUCUCCAAAAGUGUCUCCAUACAGAACAUUGCAGGAGUUGGGAACGAUGACAACUUAAUACACACUUGGAAAUUCCUGUCGCAGUCAACAGACUCUUUACAUAAAAUCAGCCGGGUUAAUGAGUCCAUGGAGUCACUGGUUGAUGAAGGUGCAGACAUGAAUGAAGGACAGCUCAUGGGAGACCUGGAAUUAGAUUCCAAGCAGCUGGAGGCAGAGUCCUGGAGCCAAGUAGUGGACAGCAAGUUCCUGCAGCAGCAGUACAAAGACGUUGUCAAACGGCAAGAUGUGAUUUAUGAGCUGAUGCAGACAGAAAUGCACCACGUCCGCACCCUGAAGAUCAUGAACGAUGUGUACAGUGCAGCCAUGUUAAAGGAACUGCAGUACGAUCAGCAAGUUGUGGACAAGAUCUUUCCCUGCCUGGAAAACUUGCUGCACAUCCACAGUCAGUUUUUCCAGCGGAUUCUGGAAAGGAAGAAGGAGUCACUGGCAGACAAAAGUGAAAAGAACUUUGUUAUCAGGAGGAUAGGUGACAUCCUAGUGAAUCAAUUCUCUGGGGAGAACGCUGAGCGAAUGAAGAAAACAUACGGCAAAUUCUGCGGGCAUCACAACGAGGCUGUCAAUUACUUCAAAGACCUUUACUCGAAGGACAAGCGCUUUCAGGCAUUUGUCAAGAAGAAAAUGAGCAGCUCCCUGGUGAGGCGUCUGGGGAUUCCUGAAUGUAUCUUGUUGGUAACACAGAGAAUCACAAAGUACCCGGUCCUUUUACAAAGGAUACUGCAGUACACCAAAGAAAAUGAAGUGGAACAUGAAGACUUGAGUCAGUCACUAAACCUCGUUAAAGACGUGAUUGCUGCAGUCAAUAGCAAAGUCAGCAAUUAUGAAAAGAAAAUGCGUCUUGGGGAUAUUUACAACCGGACAGACAGCAAGUCCAUCAUGAGGAUGAAGAGCGGCCAGAUGUUUGCAAGAGAGGACUUGAGGCAUCGGAAACUCAUCCGAGAUGGGCCUGUUUCACUAAAAAACUCAGCUGGGCGGUUAAAAGAAGUCCAGGCUGUUCUCCUCUCUGACAUGCUCGUGUUCCUUCAGGAGAAGGACCAGAAGUAUGUCUUUGCCUCACUGGACCAGAAAUCCACAGUGAUCUCUCUGAAGAAGUUGAUUGUACGAGAAGUAGCUCAUGAAGAGAAGGGUUUGUUCCUGAUCAGCAUGGGUGGAAAGGACCCCGAAAUGGUGGAAGUCCAUGCCAGCUCCAAAGAAGAGCGCAAUGGCUGGAUACAGAUCAUUCAGGACACAGUGCACACCAUGGAUAGAGAUGAAGAUGAAGGAGUCCCGUGUGAGUCUGAGUUGGAAAAGAAAUUGUUUGAUGCAAGAGUGAGAGGACUGAAAGAACAACUUCAGCAGAAGGAUAAACAGAUCCUGCUCUUGCUGGAGGAGAAGACGAAGAUCUUCCAGGACAUGGCAGACAGUUCUGUGCAGGAGGAGACGCCAAGCUCCAGGCUGCUCUUCAGAUCCAGAACAGAAGAGGCUCCAAAAGGAGAAGCAAUCAUGAAAAGUGCAAUAAGUGAAGUUGAAUUACUGCAAGACCUGGUGAACAGGAGCCUGGGCACUGCCCUUGGACAGCAGGUCAGCAGCACUGCCAUGGAUCAGGAGGGAGGGGUUGGCCCCAUCUCACUCCCUAGAAGGGCAGAAACUUUUGGAGGAUUUGACAGUCACCAGAUGAAUGCCUCCAAGGGUGGAGCGAAAGAUGAAGGUGAUGACGCUCAGGACCUUCGGAGAACAGAGUCAGACAGCAUUUUAAAGAAGGGUGGAAAUGCUAAUUUGAUGUUCAUGCUGAAAAGGAAUAACGAGCAGGUCCUCCAAACCAUUACCAGCCUCCAUAAGCUGCUCAGUGCUUUGCAGGGCGUGGUGCUGCAGCAGGACACCUACGUGGAGAGCCAGAAGCAGUCUCGGAGCGAGAAGGCUCCCAGCCGAAGCUCAUCCCGGCACACCUCGCUGGCGGAGCAGGAGAAGCAGCGCAGCCUGGAGAAGCAGCGCCAGGAGUUUGCCAACCUGAAGAAGCAGCAGACACAGCACCAGGAGGAAAGGCAGAGGAGGGAGAAGGAAUGGGAAGUGCGGGAGAAGGAACUGGCAGAGCACGAGGCCGAGCUGGCCCAGCGUGAGGAGCAGGUGCAGAGGCUGAGGCAGGAGCUGGAGCGGGAGCGGGAGGAGCUGCAGGUGAAGAAGACGGCCUACCAGCUCGACCUGGAGAGGCUCCGCAUGGCACAGAAGCAGCUGGAGAGGGAGAAGGUGCAGCUGAAGCAGGACGUGGAGCGAUUCGCUCAAAUGCGGCAGGAGCCUGACCACAACCAGGUUUCAAAUCUACAUGAGAAACUUGCAAGAGUCUCCUCCCAGUCCAGCAUAGAUGAAUCCUCCAUGCAGAAAAACCCUUCCCUUCCUAAACAAGGGCACUUUGAUGCAGAACUGUCUGUCUCCCCCAAAAGGAACAGUCUUUCAAGGACACACAAAGAGAAAAGCACUUUCCAUUUGCUUAGCACAAACCAGACUAACAAGGCAGCUGAGGAACAGACCCAGAUGCCUACUCGCCUCUUCAGUUUAGCCAAACCAAAGGAGAAGAAGGAAAAGAAGAAAAAGAGCAGGGGACAUCGCUCCCAACAGUCUGAUUCUCACUCGUCAGAAGCACCUCCAGAGGGUGAGGAGAUCUUCUGCUGAGCAUGGACUGUUCCAGUGGUCACUCGUGGCAUUGGCACCGUGGACACCUCCCUGCCUGUGACACAGCACGUGGCUGGUGCCUGCUCUGGACAAGCAUCUGGAGGUUUUAAAUAAAACAUGUUCUGAAGUCUGCUAAGUGGUGGAUAAGGGCCUCUCUCCUGUGGUUUUAGGUGAAUUCUCCCUGCAGAGGCUGUGCCUGCACAGCACACAGGACCCUUUCCCUGUGCAAACCUGGUGUCAAAUGGAUUGGGAUAGAUGUUGUCUGUCUCACUGCUAAAGGAUGAGAGAACAUAGCCUUAAGGGGUCUGUGCCUUCCAAUUCCCCUUUUCUGGGGAAAAGAACCAAAACCAAGCAUUUAGAAAAGAUUAGGACUCACAAAUGGUGCACACUGGCAUAUAUAGAUACGCUGUAUAUAUACAUAUAUGUAUCUAUGUAUCCACUGGGAUAUGCUUACAGUCCCUACAGCUGAGGUCCACCCCUGGGGAUAGGUGAUACCUGAGGACUUUCUGGGAGUGUGUAGAUAUUAAAUAUCUUGCCCUUACUGCUCUGACUGUAACACAGUGACCUGCACACCCCUUUUGUGCUCGUGGGAUAGGGGCUGUUUGGUUUCAGAAGGGUACCUUACACCAGGAAGCAGUAACAGCAUUCAGAAGCAACAACUCAGAGGACAAAAAAUUAAAAUUUAAAAUAAAUCUGAAUUAAUUCUGUGGGCCAGAGGAAUCAAACAUCAAACUUUUUCCACAGUCAAGCAGAACAUUACUGGGUAUAUUUAAUAUGGCACCGAAAAGAGAAUUUUGGUAGGCUGGUAAGGCAGUCCCAGGGAGCCAGAACAAACUGUUCAAAUGGAAACAACAGUAAGCAACACUUUUUUUAAACAAUCUCUUUGAGCUCCAGCUCACUCCCUCCCAUCCCCAAAGUAAAGAUUAUGUUUUUGUUGGAAUAGAGCUCUCCAUUUGACAUUACAAGCCUAAUGACUGACUGGGGGGGGGUGGCUGAAAAUCUGCUUUAAGGGAUCUUUGUUCUGUUCUUUGAGUUUUUCUUAGCCUGCUUUUUGUGCUACCAUUGGGCUUCUGUUUCUCUGGAUUUUCUCACCUGCCCUGAUAGUUUCUGAGGCAGAGUGAGAGCAGCAGUGUCCGAGCAGGUCAGCGAGACAUCGCGGGGCAGGCUCCGAGGAGAUGGCUCCUGUCCCUGUGGCUGUGCAAUACCAGGCACUUAGGAACCAUUUCUGGGGAGAAAAAGGUUCUGUGAGGGGAGAAAAAACCCCCUGUGAGCCAGGUCUGGAGUUCAGUGUGGCGUGUCCCCAUGAUGCAGAACAGGAAGGUCCAAGGGCAGCUGUUGCUGUGCCAGCUGUGGGGUGUCUGUAGAGCUGUGGAAUACAGGGAUGUGUUCAGUGGGGGAGGAGAACUGCAAAGGGAGGCUUUUCUCAAAAAUCACCUUUCUUCCAAACCCUGUCAGGAGAAUUACCCGAGUGGAUUUGUAAAUGGUUAUCAACUUCAAAAUAGAUCAAAGUUUUGCUCGAGAGUUUGAAGCUGUCAGGUGCAUUUCCUUUCCUACCAGUUUUUUUCUUUGAAAUAACAAAUAAUUUCUCUUCUUGUACUAUUGUUUGAUUCCAGUUUGCUCUCAGGCCUGUCACAAGCUGGUGACACACAGAAGUUCUCAGAGUUAGUGCUGAUGAGUAUCAGCAGCAUUGAUGGUGAGGUGGAUGCUUAGGCUGGGCUGUCUUGGUGCAGGAACCCUGCUUGCUUUGGAAGCUCUCUAUACUAUUAAAAGUCAGAAGAAAAAGAGAAAAAAAAAGAAAGGAAAAAGGGUUGAGAUUUAUUUUUGGUUUCUUUUUAAUAUUAUUUGGUGCUUGUUCUUAACUGCAAGCAGGGCUUGCAAAAAUAUUUAUCUUUCAUUUUAUCU